UCUAAUUAAAAUGGCGAUCGUUUAUUAGGCAAGUCUACACUGUUGACAGUCAAUUCGCGUUCACUCCAUAGAAUGGCGUAUUCGAUUAGCCUGUGGUAUGCAUGUGUUAUUUAUAGUGUCUGUGUGGUAAGCGUUGUCUCGAAUUCUACGGAGGCAGUAUCUGACAAGAAUGAAGCGGCAGUUAUCGUAAGAGAAUGUAGAACGCCAAAUCACGACACUGGAUUUUGCAUCAGAAUCAAACAGUGUAAUAUAUUGUUAAGCCAAGUGAACAAUACGGACGCUCGAGAAUUUUUACUUGCAUCGCGAUGUGGAUCACCAAAGGAAGACAUUUCAAACCCAAAAGUAUGCUGUGGAAAGUACGAUAACUUCAGACGUGUCAAAAUGAACCGAAUAUUCCCGAGAUCUUGCGGUCAUCAGGAGGUAGCGUUCGAAAGCAGAAUAAUGGGUGGGAAAGAAGCUUCUUUAGGGGAGUUUCCUUGGAUAGCCCGUCUGAUGUACAGAAAUAAAGACGGCCAAAAAGUAUUUGGGUGCUCAGGUUUUUUAUUAAACUAUAACCACGUGAUUACCGCAGCCCACUGUGUACAUCCUGGUAACGUUGUAGAUAAAGUACUUACUUCAGUGGUGUUGGGGGAACAUAAUACUGAAACAAAACUCGACUGCUCUUCUGAUGGAAAGAACUGUAACACCAGGCAUAUUCGUAAAAUCGAUAAAAUAACAAUCCAUCCAGGUUACAGCCCUCGUAGUAGUGCAUAUUACAGUGACAUCGCUAUUCUCCACAUGAAAAGUGGUGCUAGGAGGUCAAAAUACGUUCAACCUAUCUGCGUAUUAAGGAACAGUAGUGAAAUUCCAGCUAAAUACUUUUUAAGUGGAUGGGGCAAGACUGAAAAAGCGCUAGUCAGCAAGAUCAAAAUGAAGGUCGAAGUACCCCCUUUCGACCUAGCAAAGUGCAAGAAAAAGUUUGCUACAGCAAAUAUAGACGUCAAAGACACCCAGAUCUGCGCCGGAGGUGUCAGCGGCAAGGAUAGCUGCGUAGGAGAUUCAGGAGGCCCGCUGAUGAUGGCCGAUGACAAUGAAACUUGGUACGUUGCGGGCGUCGUGAGUUUCGGGAUGUCGAGAUGCGCAAUGGAGGGAUUUCCCGGAAUCUACACGAACAUAACCCCGUUCCUACCGUGGAUCAAAUCCGAAAUAGAACAGAAUUUGCUGUCACUGAACGUAACACAGAGUCACAAAAAACCAAAACCAACUGUGAGUCCAAGUACUUAGUUUGUCUGAAACGACUUAUGAAGAUGGUUUAUAAUCGUUUAUAGAUGGGGGCUUUUCAUUUUCAUGGUUUAGACCUUUUACAUGGGAAUCUUUUUUUCGUCCACGACUGUAAACGUUCUAGCUCCCUCAUAUUUCAUACUUUUGUUUCACAGCAUAUGUAAACCGGAAGUUUCAUUCCGUUAUCGACACUUUGAUUUCAUUGCAAUGUGUUUCUUUUAGAAAAUGCUAUAAAUAAUCAGUAUGUGGUAAAUAUAUGAGUGUUUUGAUAAAAUUCUAACAGUACUAAUUCAUUAUUUCACAUUUAAGUAUCACAGAAAUUGUUAUUUCUAGAGCUGUUAUAAUUGGCCGCGCACCAAAGGCGUACGGAUCGUCGACAUAAAAUAAUGUGAUUAAUAAUGAUUAUAAGAUUUAUGUCAUUACAUUAUUGUGAAACACGUAAAUUGUUUUAUGCAUCGUUCUCAUCGGUUCUACAAUCUGGAUGGUAUCCGUUAUAGAUCGCAUCAUCAGGUAUGUUUCUACCCUUAUUUCAGCGAAACUUAUUCGCGGCGGUGGUAAAAUAUCUUAAUCUGAGGAGAACGACCAUUCGACAUCUACUGAUGUAAUAUCUGCAUAAUUAAAAAAUCUACUUUGCUUUCAUAAAAUUCUUUUCUAUUCUAAAAAAUAUAUCUUUGUUUUGUUUUGCACCUGAAUAGUUUUUAUACGUUAAUAAUGUUAUAGCUUCUUACCAGUAAAUUUGUUUCUUUUUUUUAGUCAGUAUAGUAUGAAUUGUUUGUUCUUUUUUAGCACUAACUACGCUCGACAUGAUUACACACAAUUAUGCAUAAAAAAAAGAACUGAAAUCGUAAAUGAAAUCGUUCGAUUAGAGGGAAAUCGGCGAAACCGACACCUAGGCAAGUCGCGUGGCUUCAAAAUCUUAUAUCUUCGAUAAAUACAGCGAAAUUAAGACACAUUUUGGUAGAAUCAAUACUUAAUUGUAACAAGUUAAGGAAAAAUGAAUGAAUCAGAGAAUUGAAACACUCUGGUAAUAUUUCAGAUGAAUUUUAUUAUUCAAUCCCCCACCUCUCAGUUCUUCCCCUAAAUCAGGGGAUGAUAAAAACAGCUCUUCAAAAGGAGUUUUUUGUUUUAGUGAUGCUUUUAUUUGUGUUAAGCGACAACAAAAACUUUUUAUGCAUAUUUUCUUUAAUUUUCCAUCCCUAAAAUAGGGAUGAAAAUAUUUUCAUUAAUUUUUCCUUAACUUGUUUCAAUUGAGCAUUGAUUCCACCAAAAUGUGUCUUAAUUUCACUGUAUUUAUCGAAGAUAUAAGAUUUUUGAACGAAGGCAAUCGAUUUUCAAUUUCUUCAUCUAUUCACUCUUCAUUUUCGCCCCCCAAAUAGGGGAUGAUGACAUUCACAAUAAUUUUCCCUAAAUCUGCAUCAAAUAAGCUUUAAUUAAAAAAAAAUGUAAAACGAUUCGUUAAUUCUUCUUCAAGAUAUUUGAUUUUGACAUAAAAAAAUGCCGUUUGGCCGAUAGUGCGGCACCAAUGGCUAGCGGACCGAUUGUAACAGCUCUGUAUAUAAAUUAAUAUUCUACAUAUAAAACAAUAAAAAAUUGUAUGUUCUGCAUGAAAACAAUAAAAUUUAAUAAAAAAU